CGCAAUGUUUGGACAUGCGUAAUGGUAGUUCCGAAUUUAUUUGGCGCCAUUUAGUGUGUGUCAGCAAAACAAUAUCUCACAGAAGGAGAAAGGAAAUAAUAAGAAGAUGCCUCCUCAACUUUCUUCCGGUUCCAUUGAGGAAAUCAUAGGUGGCAACACACCUGAUAGCCCAAUACUACAGAUAAUGAGUUCCAAGAAAAUCUCAGCAGGUGGAGGGGCAGACAGAUAUCGGCUGCUGUUGUCGGAUGGAAAGCACAGCUACUCUCAUGCCAUGUUGGCGACGCAGUUGAACGAGUUGAUGGAGCAGAAUGAGAUCGACAAUCUGAGCGUUGUGCAGGUCAACAAAUACCUGUGUAACACGCUACAGGGGGACAGACGAGUGAUGAUACUGCUGGACGUGAAGGUUGUCAAGAAGGGUUCAGAGGUCGGGGAGAGAAUUGGGAACCCGGUGCCUUUCAAACCUGGCCAAGAAAACACUGCACCAGUACAACCAAAUGGACAGAGUGCAGUUUCUAAUGGACCAGCUCAAGUGAAUGGUGUCAGCAAUUCGUCCAGUGCCAAGUCUCCAUACAACAGAGCACAGACCACAAAUCGUUCCCCACAGAAACCGUCCGGGGGUGCUGGCAACUACAGUAUCCGGGGUGGAGCUGGACCCUCCACCCCCGGGUCAUCUCGUGUUCACACCAUUGCAAGUCUCACCCCCUACCAGAACAGGUGGCGGAUCAGGGCUCGGGUGACCCAAAAGUCCGGGAUUCGGACGUGGAGCAACUCCCGUGGGGAGGGGAAACUGUUCAGUGUCAACUUCCUGGACGAGUCUGGAGAAAUCCGGGCCACAGGUUUCAACGAGGCUGUCGACAGAUUCUACGAGCUCCUGGAGGUCAACAAGGUGUUCUUCGUCAGUCGCGCCACCCUCAAGACAGCCAACAAGCAGUACUCCAACGUUCAGAACGACUACGAGAUGACCUUUAACCCCGACUCCCAGAUCGAGAUCUGUAAUGAGGAAUGUGACCUCCCUACCAUGACCUUUGAAUUUGUCAAGAUUAAUGAACUGGACAAACAUCAGUCCAAUGCCCUGAUUGAUAUAGUGGGCGUGGUCAAGGUGUGCCAGGAUCUAUCCACAGUUGUUGGUCGUCAAAGUCAGAAGGAGAUCACUAAGCGAGAUCUGCAGAUUGUCGACCAAUCAGGGAUGGGGGUGAACCUCACCCUGUGGGGGAAUGAUGCCCAGGCCUUCGAUGGCAGUGCAAGUCCUGUGAUAGCUGUGAAGGGUGCCAGGCUGUCUGACUAUGGAGGGCGGUCGCUGUCUGUGUUAGCCAGCAGUCAGCUGAUCGUCAACCCAGAUAUCCGAGAAGCUCAUAUGCUGCGGGGCUGGUUUGACCGGGAUGGACAAAGCAUGGACUUCGACAGCUACCGCAACGAGGGAGGCGGCGGAGGGGCAGGCAUGGCCACAAACUGGAAAACAUUCCAGCAAGUCAAGUCUGACAACAUCGCGUCUAUGGAUAAGGCUGACUACUUCACCAGCAAGGGAACUGUUGUGUUCUUGAAGAAAGACAACUGCAUGUACAAGGCAUGCCCCACAGAGCAAUGUAACAAGAAGCUGGUGGACCAGGGCAACGGCUUGUACCGCUGCGAGAAGUGUGCCCGCGAGUUCCCCAACUACAAGUGGAGGAUGAUCCUCAAUGCUAAUCUGGCAGACUACUCCGACAACCAGUGGGCUACCUGCUUCCAGGAUUCUGCUGAGGUCCUCUUGUCGGUUAAAGCUGACGAGUUGGGAAGCCUCCGUGAUUCCAAUGAAGCCAGUUUCGACCAGGUCUUCCAAGAUGCCUUGUUCAAAUCCUACAUCUUCAAGUUCCGGGCAAAGAUGGAGAUGUACAAUGACGAGCAGCGCCUGAAGACUGUGUGUAUGUCAGCAACACCAAUUGAUUGGACAGAAUACGGCAAGCGGUUGGUCGACGAAAUAAACAAGCUAACGGGUUGAACCAGGAAACCUAACACCCAAUGUUAAGAUUCCCACGUUACGGAGUACAACCAGCCUAACAAAGAUUCUGUCAGAACAUCAGCGACCAUGAUUCUUGGACAGAACAAGUUAUCACUUCCAAGUGAUGGGGGCAGUGACAAUUGGCAAGUCUGAUGUGUUGCCAUGGUUAUGGCAGUAUAUCAGUCUUGAUGACUGUUUUGAAAGGCACUAUGUGUGUGUAUAUACUGCCUACGUGUACUCCAGGCAUAUUGCCAGUGUAUAUAGAUGUAAAAAGAUUGAACAACAUGUAUUCAGAUAACUACAUGUUUUGUUAAUUUAAAAGUGCUCAUUAUAUUUCAGUCGAAUCUCCUACCAUUCUGAUGAGCAAUGUCGACAACUGUUUGAUUACCACAGAUGAAGACUUCAUAGUGCUUCAAUACCAAACAGAUCACCAUUUUGAAAUCAGACAUUCAUUCUUUCAUCGCUAUAUAAUUAUUUUUCUCAUUAUUAUGCGAGUAGCAGUUACUUGUCAAAACGUCUUUUUCCAAAGAUAUUCUUUCAUAAAUUGUAUGUUGAAAUGUCACAAAGUAUUGGUUUGAGCAUGUAUUCUUGUUUCGUCAUGAUGUACCCAUUAGAGAGGGAAUAAACCCGAACUCACUGA